AUGCCUCAACAUCUUCGACGCGACGGCACCAUAAACAUGCAGGAAGACUCGCCACUCACGGAGGCCACAUCGGACUCGAGGGGAGCGUCCCUUCUAACUUCACGCGAGCCUUCUCCGUCCGACCACAGUGGAAGGGGCACGUCAAGACGAUCGAAGAUAACAAGGAAGUCUCAUCGCAAGUCACGGGCUGGAUGCGUAAAUUGCAAGUCACGUCGCAUCAAGUGCGACGAGGGCAAGCCAUCUUGUGCCAACUGUAAACGAAGGCAAGUUCGCUGCGAAUAUCCCGCCAAUCCCGCGACCUCCGCUGCCGCAUCAGGACUUGUGGAUCCAAGAGAGCCGGGUGACCUUCCGAUAUCUGAAAUUGAACUCACAUACCACUGGGCAACGACGACAUGUCACUCAUUCUCAGCAUGGCCUGCUGGUGUGGCUCGUGUACAAGCUUUAACCGAAGAAGUCGCGAUGAAGAACCAGCACGUAUUACACCUCAUAUUUGCGUUUACGGCUCUUCAUCUCGCCGUUUGUCGCCCAAACCGCAAAGAACACUACACCGCCACUGCAGAUUACCACUACGAGCGCGCGCUCGCACUCGUUACUCCAGAGAUAGCCAGCCUCAGUCCUGAUAACUGUGACGCGGUCCUUCAAUCUGUUCAGAUGAUCUGCUUUGUCAGCUGGGCAAGAGGACCGCAGGCUGGUGAGUACCUUGCUUUUGGCAAGCAUGGAAGAUCGGACUGGCUGGUCAUGUUUCGUGGAAUUCGUACAACAUUGACUUCGCUCUCGAGAGACCAUUUCUCUAAGACGCAUGGGCCAAAUACUCGUGGCAAAGGUCGACUUCUACCACCAUCGGACGGGCCAUUCGAGUACGAAAAGCAGUUAAUGGAGCUGAAAGAGCAUAUUGAGUUCGUCUCCGAGCCCGCUGACCGUGAUGACAACGUGGGUAGCGUUGAGGUCUUGCAGGAGAUGUAUUCCAAUCGUUACGGUGGCAAAGAUGGGGAAUAUCAUGUCGCUUUUGGGUGGCUCUAUCGCAUGAGCGAGGACUUUCUCGACCGACUUCAACGAUGCGACCCGCUGCCGCUCAUCAUCUACGCUCACUUUGUCGUCCUCAUGCACGACUUGGAGAAAUUCUGGUAUAUGAAAGGGUGGACACAUCAUGUUAUGAGUGGCAUCUACGAAGCGCUACCUAUCGAACAUAAAGCAUACAUAAGCUGGCCAAUGGCGAGGGUUGGGUGGAUAGCGCCUUGA